UUCGAUUUUGCACACGCGUUUGACAGUGCGGGAAUGAGGCACUUUGCGCAAAAUCGAAUUUUGUGCACGCUGUUAGGAAAUGGUAAUUUAUGAUCUUCGAUGAAUUAUUCAUUUAUAUUACCCGUGAUAAAGUUGCUAAGGACACUCGAAGGUCAGAAAAGAAACGUCAAAGCAAACGUUCUGUCAGACAUUUCACUUCUUUACAGUAGGAGCUCAAUUUACUUCUUUGCUCCGGGGGAUUACGACGAGAAUCGUGUGAAGGUAUCGAUUUCAAAUUUUAUUCAUCAUCGUAUUUCGCGUGGACUUGCCAAACGAAAAAAUUGAUUCUAAACCACGUUAGAAAUAAAGUGACGGGACGAAAAUAAAACUGCUGUAAUGUCGUCAAUAUACCUCAUACUAUUAACAACUGUGCUAGCUGGUGAAAUGUAUAAGGACUGCGGAACCGUCAUAACCGUGGAACCUUGGGGUUCCGUUGAUGGGAAAGAGGUUGAUAAAUAUACAUUAAAAAAUACAAAAGGUGUCGAGAUUGAAGUUAUAUCUUAUGGAGCCACUAUAGUUUCGGUGAAAGUUCCCGGGAAAACAGGAACUUUGGAGGAUGUUGUACUAGGUUUUGAUAAUAUUGAAGGAUAUACUUCCUCGAACAAUCCGUAUUUUGGAGCAACAAUCGGUAGAGUUGCAAAUCGAAUUGGCAAAGCUCGAUUUUCUGUUGAUGGUGUCGAAUACAACUUGGCCAAGACCAAUGGGGAAAAUACCCUUCAUGGAGGCGUUAAGGGAUGGAAUGCCUAUGUAUGGAAUGCAAAAAUUGAUGGGGAAUCUCUUACUAUGACGCUACUUAGUAAAGAUGGGGACGAGGGUUUCCCAGGAACCGUAAAUGCUUCUUUGACAAUUACAUUGAAUGAUGAAGGAAAAUUAAGAAUAACAAUGUCAGCUGUCACCAAUAAGGCUACACCAAUUAAUUUGACUAAUCAUAGCUACUUCAAUCUUGCAGGACAUGGCUCCAAUGCCACGGAACUUUAUAAUCACAUAUUUGAGUUGAAUGCUGAUCGCUGGACAGUUACUGAUUCAGAAAGUAUACCUACCGGAGAAAUUAGAGCUGUUGAAAAUAGUAUAAUGGAUCUUAGAAAGCCUACACGUCUUGCCGAUGUGAUUAAUAAUGUUCCUGGUGGUGGCUAUGAUUAUAAUUUCUGUUUGCCUGAGAAUAAUGGCUCGUUGGAAGAACGAUUUGUCGCUAAAGUUGUGCAUCCUAGCUCUGGAAGAUAUUUGGAAGUUUAUUCUGAUCAGCCAGGAGUUCAAUUAUAUACAUCAAAUUUUUUACCAAAGGAAAAUGGGUCUGGAAUUAUGGGAAAGCAAGGGAAGAAAUAUUAUAGACAUGGAGCAUUCUGUUUGGAGACUCAAAAUUAUCCAGAUGCUGUAAAUCAUGACAAUUUUCCUAAUAGUAUCCUAAGGCCAGGAGACACAUAUCACCACGUUGUCACAUACAAAUUUGGCGUACAAGCUUAGAGAAACUAAAGACGUAUUUAAAAUUCAUAUGGAAGAAUUCCAUCGAUAAAAUCAACACAAAUUGAAAAUAAUACGUUUUACAUAUAUUAGUUGAAAAUAAUGUAACUUAAUCUUAUAUCUAUGAAAUUGCAGAAACAGUUAAAGUAUAUGUUUUGCAUGUAAUAGAAUUAAGUAGACAUUAAUAAUCCAUUAUAUAAAAAUCUUGUAUAAGCAUGUACAUUUAUAUUUUUUUGAGAUCUUUAAAUGAGUAAUGGAAUGAAAUAUGUAUUUCAUAUUAUUCCAAUAAAAUCUCUUUAAAUGAAUAAAACUGAUAAUUUUGAUUUUGAUAAG